UAAUAGGUUGUCAAGCCCUUGUUACCUUUAAAUAGUGCUUUAUUUUUCGAGCGACUAUCACUCGAUAAGCAAUCAUGAGUAAGUUUGUAGGUUUCUUUUUCGCGUUAGUUGUGCUCCAAUUAAGUUUGGCCCAGGAUCCUGAAAAUGAAGAAGAUACACGAAUUGUGAAUGGUCAACAGGCUCGCAGUGGGCAGUUCCCAUGGAUGGUGGGCGUACAUGGGCUGGGCGAUAAUGGACAAUGGGAGUUUUGGAGGUGUGGUGGCGCCCUCAUCUCAAGAAACUUAGUACUUACAGCCGAACAUUGCGUUGAUGCUAAACCACGUGCUUAUCGCAUUACACUCGGCUCAACUCUCGCUGGAGAUCGUCAAGAUGGUGACGGUAAAACAAUUCGCUUCGCUGAUUUGAUUAUCAAACAUGGCGACGCUUUGAUUUUACGUUUGUCGCAGUCUGUGUCCUUCAACAGUAAAAUUCAGCCAGUACGUUUACCAGGACCAAAUGAUUAUGUUGGAAGCGACGUGGAUGUGACUGUCAGUGGAUGGGGUGGUACCGGCAAUGGUCUUUCAGAAAAACUUCUUUACACAACUUUAGGAACAAUUACCAACGCAAAAUGCAGCGAGUGGUACGGCACACUGAAGAAUGACGUGUUAUGCUAUGUUAAUCAACACAGCACAACAUGCGGGGGUGAUAGUGGUAGUCCAGUGGUGCGUUACACCAACGCCGGUGCAGUUCAUGUUGGUAUUCAUAACGCAGGCGUGUGCAAAGUUGGUUCGCCUAGUUUAGCAACCAGAACCGCCUCACAUGUUGAUUGGAUCAACUCGGAAAUUCGUAGACAUUCAUCAUAAAUGAUUAUUGUUUUGAAAAUGCAUAAAUCCUUUUAGUAUAUUAAUUUGGUGACAGAUGGCGACACAAUACAAAAAUUUUAAUAAAUUUUGCAAAUAUGAAACAA